CUCUAGUGCUUAAAUUGUCAUAACAAAUCCAUCAUCCUAUUAUUAAACAAAUUGAAUAUUUGAGAAAAAAGUAAGAUUAAUUGUGAUAACCAUGGCAAGUACUACUAGAAGCUUAAUCUUUGCAACAUUAAUGAUUACUGCAUGCAUCUUAAUGUUAGGAAUUUCAGCUCAAUUUGAAUGUGGUGGUGACUUGAUUGGAAUGUUACAUGAAUGUAAAGGUACUGCUAGAAAAGAUGGACCAUCAACUCCACCCUCAGAAGUUUGUUGCGGAGCAUUGAGCGGUUUUGAUGCUUCAUGUUUAUGCAAUUAUGUCACUUCUGAUAUAGUGGAUCGUGUAUUAGACAUGGACAAAACAAUUAAUCUUUUUAGGACUUGCGAUUCCAAAAAUAUUCCUAACGACAAGUGUGGACCUUAUGAUAUUCCUGAAGCUGCUCCUGCAAAGGCAUGAUGACAACAUUCGACGCAUAAAUGCAACUUGUGUUAUAGCUUCACAUCCAUUAUCUCUAUCAAAUCAUCAAUAAAUGAUACAAGCUAUGCGUCUUUUUAUUAUUUAAUAAUGAAUAAAUUAUUCGUGAGUCCUUUGAGUUGUAUUUACCGAGUUCAAUUAAUCAUCUUAGUAUAUUGACUUAAAAAGAAAUAUUAUUUAAUGUUUGCGUUAA